AAAAAAGUAAGAAGUGAAUUCAACAUGAAUGACGCCGUUCGGCCAAACAAGAUACAUUAUUUGUUUUCCAUUACUGUUAAACUAAAAGAAUGUACAAUAAUUAUUGCCACAUUGUUUUGUUUUUUUCCCAAUCUGACCCAAUAUUUACUUCUUUAUUAAUUUUUUGAUCUCUGCCAAAUUAUUCUUUCUUCUGCUUUGCGACAGCAAUUGUUGAUUAAUUUUGUUUGUUUUUGAUUAUUUGUUCAUUAUUCCACUUUCCAAGAAAGGAGGAUGAAGUAAGUAUUUUGAGUAGUUAUUUAUUUUGGGAUCAUUAAUGUUCACUAAGCCCUAGAACAGUUGCACAAAUUCCAAUUUUUUGAUUUUGUGAAUUCCUCACGGAUCCCAAGAUACAUAACGAAAUCACUAGUAUUUCAGAAGAAGGAGACGAAGCAGCCUAAACAAUUUUGUGGUCCUGAAAAUUCUUUUAAGCAGUUUUGCUCUCUCAGUGUGAACGCAGGAAAAAUCUGGCCUUGAUUGUGAUUCUGGGAUACAAAUUGAAAAAGAGGCUGAUAUUUUGGAGGAUAAUGGAAUUUUUGCAUGUUUUGAGCUCUGGAAAAUUUUGGGUUUCUGCAUAUGAUUGCAAAAGUGUUGUCUUUGGUUGGUUACAGGGUGGAAAAAGGUGUAGAGUUUCUUGAAAUUGUGAGGUUGAGGUUCUGCUUAUCUUGGGGUUGACUUGUCAAGAUUGCGGUGGACAUAAGGAGUUCUGGGUUUUAUUGGUUUGGGGUGAAUACCUUCUGGAAUGUCUGAGAAAGUUCUUUUUUUUUUUCCUUCCUUUUUCCUUUUUUAAAUGAUACAAUUGACGUUUCUUUUAGUUGACAAUAGGAAGAUAGAUAUUCGGGAAUGUUCAAUUCUUGUCACCUGGAAACUCAUAUAUAUAUAUAUAUAUAUAUAUAUAUAUAUAUAACAAGAAUCUGUUUUCACAAUUGAGCUAGUUGUCUGUAGUGUGGGGUUCUGGAAACAAGCAUGUGCUUGUAAAAUGAUGGAGAUCUGAAAUUGAGAGUUUAUUGUGUGAUCAGGUGAGAUUUGCUUCAAAUUGGUUGUAUUGCUAGGAGAUUGAGCUCAUCGGGAUCCUCACUAGUAGUUUCUGUGUUCUGAAGUGUGAUAAUAAGAACUUUUACUCUUAGUAGAUGCUCCAUUUCGUUAUUUUAGUCUAGGGGUUGUGAUUUUCGUUUAAACCUAUCAUGGAUGAAGCUACGUGCAGCACGAAUGCACUGCCUCCUUUUCUUGCAAAGACAUAUGAAAUGGUGGAUGAUCCAUCCAGUGAUGCCAUUGUCUCCUGGAGUUCGAGUAAUAGAAGCUUCAUUGUGUGGAAUCCUCCAGAUUUUGCAAGGGAUUUGUUGCCUAGAUACUUCAAGCACAAUAAUUUUUCCAGCUUUGUCAGACAGCUAAACACUUAUGGAUUCAGGAAAAUUGACUCUGAAAAAUGGGAAUUUGCGAAUGAAGAUAAUUUUGUUAGAGGUCAGCCACACCUUUUGAAGAAUAUCCAUAGACGUAAACCUGUUCACAGUCAUUCUGCACAGAAUCUUCAUGGCCUGUCAUCUCCAUUAACUGAAUCAGAAAGAAAAGGAUACAAGGAAGAUAUUCAAAAACUGAAGCAUGAGAAUGGAUCACUUCACUUGGACCUACAAAGGCAUAAGCAGGAUCACCAAGGACUUGAAUUGCAAAUGCAGGUUUUGACUGAACGUGUUCAACAUGCAGAACAUCGUCAGAAGACCAUGCUCUCCGCUUUAGCUCGAACCUUAGAUAAACCAGUAAUGGAUUUGAGUCAUAUGCCACAACUUCAAGUGAAUGACAGAAAAAGAAGGUUGCCAGGAAACAGCUGCCUCUAUAAUGAGAGUGACCUGGAAGAUAUGCGAGGGAUUUCAUCUAGGGCUUUGACUUGGGAAAAUAUGAACCCGUUCUCUCUUCUGACAAUGAACGCAGAACUGUUAGGUCAGUUGGAAUCUUCUUCGACUUUCUGGGAGGAUGUGCUACAAGAUGUUGAUUCAGCUGGGAUACAACAGAAUUGUUCACUGCCAUUGGAUGAAUCUACAAGUUGUGCAGUUAGUCCUGCUAUAUCUUACACACAACUAAAUGUUGAUGUGGGGCAUAAGGCUUCUGGAAUUGACAUGAAUUCUGAGCCUACUGCAAACACUACUCAUGAGGUUGCGGAACCAGAAGACAAAGCAGCUGUAGCAGGGACAGCUACUAAUGUUCCAACAGGGGUUAAUGAUGUAUUCUGGGAACAGUUCCUAACUGAGAAUCCUGGUUCAGUUGAUGCAUCUGAAGUCCAGUCUGAAAGGAAAGACAUUGGUAGCAAAAAGAAUGAAAGUAAACCAGUUGACAGUGGAAAAUAUUGGUGGAACAUGAAGAGUGUAAAUAGCCUGACAGAACAGUUGGGACAUCUUACUCCAGCAGAGAAAACUUAAUUUGGUAGGUAUAAGAUAAAUGCUUUAUUCAUGUUGCUGGCCUUCUGGCUUGUUGUAUAUCUAGUGUAUUAGUUGUUUUUGUCAGGUAGUAGUAUACGUGUUGAUGUAUAAAUUGAUUUUGUUCUUGCUGUGCAUUGCAUGAUAUGAGGGAAAUUGAGCUUCUUAAAA